AUGAUAUUAGGAAGAAACAUUGAAAGGAACCAGGCUCAGGAGAGAACCCAUCCUGAUUUGGGUGACACCGGACAAUGUCACAGACUGAGGUCUCGAGAACACAGCUGCCUUUUCACAGACUUUCAUUGUCAUGCCCCAGGCUGCCUCCAGCACAAAGCAGGUUUGCUAAAAUGCAAAACCACAGCUCAGAAUCUAGUCCGAAUGGCUGCCAGUUAUAGUGGUUUGACUUUGCUGCUCUGGAUUCUGGUCCUCAACAUCUCGGUUGCCAGAUCAUCAGAGACACCAUUCAAGGUAACGGAGGGUAGCACCGUGAUUCUGUCCUGUCAGUACUCUGUUAAGCAGCAUGGCAUGACCCACGUCUGCUGGGGUCGAGACUGUGGAACCUUUUGGUGCAAUGACAUCAUCAUUCAGACAGAUGAAAGUGGGGUCAUCUCAAAGGUCUCUGACAGGUACAGACUUAUCGGAGAUGUUCUCUCUGGACAAAUGGACCUGGGGAUCCAGCGGAUACGACGGGCAGACAGCGGGCCAUACUGCUGCAGGAUAAAUAUAGAUGGACUAUUCAAUGACAAGAAGGUGACCUACACUUUAAAGGUUAUAAAAGCUGCAGUGACAACAGUACCAACAACUACUACACUUCACACUACAGAACCACUGCAAACCCAGACAGUGUCUUCUGCCUCAGAUCAGACCAGCAAUGCACCAUUUGACAUUUCUGGACAAAACCUCACCCUGCACAAUUCUAAUUCUCUGUCUGAUGAAGCGAUAGCAAGCAUAACACUACAGAUCAACAUCCCCGUGCUGUCUCUGUCUCUCAGUCUGCUCUUGCUUUUGGCGGGGGCCUUGACCCUGCUGGCCUUUAAACGUGGGUUUCAUACAAAGGUCAUUGAUAGUGGAUGUCUGUCAAAAGAGCCAAAACACAUUGUUUACGAAAUACGGACCAGAAGGCCAGUGGAGGAGAAUAUUUAUAUCCUGGAAUAAUUUUGCAGAGCGCACGCACACAAACACACACACACACUCACACACACACACACACACACACACACACACACAGAUUAUGCAAUGUUGCUUUUUUAAAAUCUGUUUACAUGAUUAUGUUUUAAUAUAAUCUUAAAAGAGUGAAAUCAUAUCAAGUGGACAGAUCUGAAAUCUAAGAAUAUUUACCUAAUAAAUGUCAAGAUUCAAGAUUAUUAGGCCUAUUUGGAGACAGAUUUACUUGGAGACAUUCAUUUGUUUCAUUCUCAGAUCGUUUUACAUACAGUAUUUCAUGUGUUUAUUUCUUAACAUAAGUAAAAUUAUGAAAUCUGUGUGUCUAUGUUCUGAACCAUGAAUUAAAUCAUUUGCCUUUUAAGCCACAAAAAGUGUAACGCUUUCUUCCACAAACAGAAUUAACAUGAACAGUUGUGCUGCGCUAUGCUUUUGUUUGGAUAAUGCCCUAUGAUGGCUUGCUUUAAGUUGGUUAACUAUUCACUGU